AUGGUCCUUGUCAAACAAUCUUCCGGCAACCCAGAGCUCGGUUACAAGGAAUUUAUGGCCCACGACAAUAUCACAUCGAUGCUCGAAAGCUUAGGUUUCAAAGUCACCAGGCACGCCUACGGCCUUGAGACAUCAUUUGUUGCAGAGUAUGGCCACGGGGGUAGAGUCGUGGCCUUCAAUGCAGAGUACGAUGCUCUUCCAGGAAUUGGCCAUGCCUGUGGACACAACCUCAUCGCCAUGAUGUCUAUUGGUGCCUUCCUAGGAGUUGCCGGAGCCCUUGAAGAGCAAAAUAUCCCUGGUCGUGUUCGUCUUGUGGGAACACCUGCUGAGGAGGGUCUUGGUGGAAAGAUUCCUAUAAUCAACGCCGGUGCUUAUAAAGAUGUCGACGCAUGCAUGAUGGUGCACCCUGGCCCCUUCAGCGAGUGCCCUGGCUUUACCGGUGAUGCAUACAUGCCUACGCUUGCGAGCCUGAAAGUCACCAUCCGUUUCACGGGGAAGACCGCACACGCUGCUAUGGCUCCAUGGGAAGGCACCAAUGCACUUGAUGCAGCUGUUCUAUCUUAUAGCGGCAUAGGUGUUCUGCGUCAGCAGAUCCAUCCUUGCAAUCGCGUGCACUGUGUCAUCUCUGACGGUGGGCUCCGCCCAAACAUCAUCCCGGGCUCUUCAGCACUGGACUGUUACAUCAGAUCUCCCACAGUAGCAAUGGCGGAAGAGCUUUUUGUGAGAGUGGAGAAUUGUUUCAAAGGUGCGGCCUUGCAGGCUGGAUGUACUAUGGAGGUUCAGAGACACAACACUUACGCCGAUUUACGACCGAACAAGCCUUUGGCAACAGCAUAUGCAGAGGCAAUGGCUCAAAUGGGAACGGAAGUGCGGUGCGACUUGAACUCAACUGGAGUCCCAGGAUCAACGGACCAAGGAAACGUCACCUAUGAGUGUCCUGGUAUUCAGGCCUAUGUUGGUAUCCCAGCCGGUCCGGGAGCGAAUAACCACACCCCUGGAUUUACCGCGGUGGCAGGAAGCAAAGAGUCACAUGAGCUAUGCAUGCAUGCGGCAAAGGGUAUGGCUAUCACUGGCCUGAGUAUCUUAAAGAACGAGGAGGUUGCUGGAAAGGUCAAGUCUGAUUUUGAGGAAGACAAGAAACGACGUUACCAAGUUUCAGAGCCCAGGAUGACAGCCCAAAAUGCUGGAUUUUGCUAA